CCUUACCCCCACCCUCUCUCCCUUACCCCCACCCUCUCCAGCUCUGCCUCGCACUAACUGGCCAGCUUCGAGCGCAGGCGGCAAGCGCUGAAUCCAAGGCUCUCUGCCCAGGUGCAUUUGAUAUCACUUUAGGCCUGGGAUUGCCUAAAAGGACUACGUACAUUCCAAAUUACUUUAGUUUUUUUUCUUGGAUACGGAAGAUGGAAGAAUCACAGUGUUAACAAAGGCUGAAUCGGAGAAUGCAAGAAUGGACAGAGACUGAUUUCACUGAAAUAAUCAUUAAUCUUUAUCUCCCACAUCUUGGUAGCAGUUGCCUUGGUGCCAACAGCCAAUACACAUUCUCAGUGCUGCCUUCGUAUUGUUGGUGUCUUGGUGAAGAGCUCAGUUCGUCUCUUGUUAAGGUUCUUCCAACGCAUCCUUCCUGCUGAUUUCUCAGACAUCUCUUGGCACAGAGAUGACUGAGCUCACAGGCAGGGUGUCUCCAGGCCCAUUGAGUGUUGUUGCAGCUCCCUGUGUAUCCAAGGUGGAGCUACGUGUUUCCUGUAAAGCUUUGCUGGACAGAGAUACUCUCAAUAAAUCUGACCCAUCUGUGGUACUUAUGAUGCAGUCUCAGGGACAUUGGGUGGAGGUUGACCGGACUGAAGUUAUAAAAAGUAACCUGCAUCCAGUCUUCUCCAAAGUUUUCAAUGUGGAUUAUUAUUUUGAGGAGGUUCAGAAGCUUCGGUUUGAAGUAUAUGAUAUUCAUGGCCACUGCAGUAUUGGUACUCGUGAUGACGACUUUCUGGGUGGUAUGGAGUGCACCCUAGGACAGAUCGUGGCUCAGAAGAAAAUGACAAAACCUUUGUUCUUAAGAUAUGGAAAAUAUGCUGGAAAGUCUACAAUUACAGUUAUUGCAGAAGAAAUAAGUGGAAACAAUGGCUAUGUUGAAUUGGCCUUCUGUGCCAAGAAACUGGAUGAUAAGGACCUUUUCAGCAAAUCAGAUCCCUUCUUGGAGAUAUACAGGAUUAAUGACGAUGAGACUGAGCAACUUGUCUACAGGACAGAGGUUAUCAAGAACAACUUGAAUCCUGUGUGGGAGCCCUUUAAAGUUUCCUUGAGUUCACUCUGUAGUUGUGAUGAUAAGAGACAGUUAAAGUGUUUAGUCUGGGAUUAUGACACUCGUGGAAAACAUGAUUAUAUUGGAGAGUUUUAUACAACUUUUGAGCAAAUGCGGAAAGCAAUGGGAGAAAACAAGAUCCAUUGGGACUGUGUUAAUCCAAAAUAUAAGGCAAAAAAGAAGCACUAUAAGAACUCUGGAACUGUAAUACUGAAAGAUUGUAAGUUGCACAGGAUCUAUUCCUUUUUAGACUACAUAAUGGGCGGAUGUCAGAUUCACUUUACGGUAGCCAUUGACUUCACAGCUUCGAAUGGAGACCCACGAAACAGCUGUUCCUUGCAUUACAUCAAUCCCUACCAGCCCAAUGAGUAUCUGAAAGCACUAAUCUCUGUCGGUGAAAUCUGUCAAGACUACGACAGUGACAAGAAGUUUUCUGCCUUAGGAUUUGGAGCAAGAAUUCCUCCCAACUAUGUGGUUUCUCAUAAUUUUGCAAUUAAUUUCAAUUCGGAAAAUGAUGAAUGUGAAGGAAUACAGGGAGUUGUUGAAUCAUAUCAGACCUGUCUACCCAAAAUUCAGCUGUAUGGUCCAACCAAUGUGUCACCUAUUAUAGGGAAAGUGGCUAAAGUGGCUGCUGAGGAGGAGAAGACAAAAGAAGCAUCUCAAUACUUUAUCCUGCUGAUUCUAACAGAUGGUGUUGUCACUGACAUGGCAGAUACAAGGGAAGCAAUAGUCCGAGCAUCAUACCUACCAAUGUCCAUCAUCAUUGUUGGUGUUGGCAAUGCGGAUUUUACAGAUAUGCAGAUACUGGAUGGUGAUGAUGGGGUUUUACGAUCGCCAAAGGGGGAACCUGUGUUACGAGAUAUUGUUCAGUUUGUCCCCUUCCGUGAAUUUAAAAAUGCCUCUCCAGCAGCUUUGGCUAAAUGUGUCUUAGCAGAAGUUCCAAAGCAAGUUGUGGAAUAUUACAGUUACAAGGCUAUUGCCCCAAAAUGCCCAACUCUGGACUCCCCUGAGUCAGCGUGCACAACACCCGAAUAAACGGACUGACCAUUAUAAGUGAAAGUUUCUGAAAAGAGAACGAUAUAGAUGCAGUGUGUGAAAAUAAUAUUUGUGUAUUGUAACUGGGUUUUUAAAAUAUACAUUUUAAGAUAAAAACCUCAUUCAGCACUUUCACAGUUCUCAUAAGCAAAUUGCAAUGCCCAUGGUAAUGAUUAAGCACAGAAAAGUGUCAGUAUUGAAAGAUGGAAUUAGCCAAUAUUCUGCCGAUACACAGACAUGUGACGUCUCAUUCUGAUGCUUUACUGAGUUAUUAGACCAUGUGUUUUAUCUGAAGUGAAUAGGGAUGUAAAUGGAAAGUAGAUGUAGGAACGGUAUGUUUUACCUUCCAGAGCUAUAGGCACGUCAUGAAGACUUUCCUCAAAAAGCAAUUUAAGCUAUCACAGAAAGCAAAUGCAAUGUGGCACAUGCUGCACGGUUACUGCUUCUUAAUCUGAAGGCUUAGCUUGUAACUUUAAUGCCCAUGUUUAAGGCAGUUCUCCAUACAAUAUACACAACACCUAUUGCUAGACUGGGGAAUUAUUUUGCAAAUUUGACAAGAAUUUUGUUUUACUUGCAUUUUUAUUUUAAACACGUGUCAAUUAAAAUAUGUGAUACCAGAAUGAGAAAGAAAUGUACAGUAUUACAAAGGAAACCUGCCAUUCUAUCACAGGGACACUAUAACAAAAAGUUAUAUAAUGAUGCAUUAUACAAUAAUAUUAAUGAAUUUUGGUGAUACAGUGUAUUUAUUCUACCAUCCGAAUGGACAUGUAGAUGUUGCACAUUGUUUGAAAACUGUGAUUAACACAAGGCCAGUACUUGAUGUUAGCUGUGUCAGGGGUGCACUGAGUGCAUUCCAAGGAGGCACUGGUUGACUGAAGUUCUCAAAAGAUUAAUAGCGAUCAAUAAGAUAAGAGGCACAAAUUUGAUCAUUUUCCUACAGGGGAACAGCACAUACUGGAAACACACUGAAAGGAAACUAUGAAACAUAUUAGAAAGAAGACAAAAUUUUUAAAAACACUCAUUAAAAAAAUCUUGCACCAUUUGGCAUAUUGAGAUAAAGGAGUAAGAAUAAUCACCAUUGUCCUUGCUAUUAAAUCCUUUUCAGAUGCCUUGGUACUUAGUACGUCAUUUCCCUUCAAUGCUUCCUGCUGGCAGAAGAAAAAUUAAGUUUGAGAUAUUCUUUCUUGGGGCUAGCACUCGUUUAAAUACAUAAGGUUAAUUGCAUCUUUCAGUUUUCAGAUAAAUUUGGAAUUAGAAUGAACUGUUGAGUUUGACUGCUGUGUGUGGUACAAGGAUUCUUCUGGUAUCAACUGAAAAAUCAAUGGUCACAUGUUUAUAUUGCAAAACUUUUUGUUCUGAAGGCCCUAUUUAGAAACAAAAGAAGUGAAUCAAGCUGGGCUAUAAAGCAGGUGUAGGCCAAAGCUGUGAAAUCAGUCAUAGAGAUUGCAAAAAACAACAGACUUAAAGCAAACUGCUGAGAUGGGGUUGGCGAUCCGAGAGGGAUGCCUCAUGUCAACAAAGACGUGAAACAUAUGCACAAUUGAGUUUAAUUUCCUUCACAGUUUAGGACGAUUCUAUUGUUGAACUCCUAACAAGAACAGCAUUUGGUUCAAAAUAUUUAACUUGCAUUGUCACAUGCAGGCUAAUCUAAAAUUGCUUCUGGAAUUUUGCUGGUUUUUGUUUUCUAUCUUCCAGUGCAAAUGCAUCACAAUAACAGGGUCAGCCUGAAGUGAUCGACAUCGCAUUUACUCUAUAUUUCAAGUGUGAGUGAAAUGCAAAUUAGAUAGCAGGAACUGGCUUAACAACAAACCGAAACAUAGUGGGAUUUUUAGGAUCUCUGUAUUUUGCUUUGAAUUGGGACUGAGAUUCGGAUUUGUACUCGAUGGAGUUUAUGGGUGGAUCUUAUUGAAACUUAUGGAAUGCUGACAAGCGUGGAAAGAGUAUAUGUGGAAAAAAUGUUUCCACUGUUAGGAGAGACCAGAACCCAGGUCACAGCCUCAGAGCCAAGGGAUGACCAUUUAGAAAUGAGAUGAUGAAGAAUUUACUGAACCAGAUUGUGGUGAAUCUGUGGAACUCAUUUCGGCAGAAAGCCAUAGAGGCGAAGUCAUUGAGUAUCUUUGAGACGGAAAUAGAUAGGUUCUUGAUUAGAAAGGAAAUCAAAGGUUACGGUGCACUUAGUCAGUAGGAGUCAAAAGAAUGAAGUCAGUUGGAAUUUUGGAUGACAAAACUUUUCUCAGAAGCAUUGAAGGACAAAAUUUUAACUUAACGCAUCCUGUGGGAACAUGUUGGAACGGGACUAGCCAUGCAGUUUAUAUCUUAUAUUGAUGACUUUCGGUGGGAGUUUUAACCUAACUCACUGAUGCAAUUAUCUUCAACAAUGAGGUUUGGCGUUAUUGUUUAAUAAUGUUGAACAGUAUACCCACAUACAUUGGGAGAUAGUAAGGACUGCCGAUGCUGUGGUCAGACAUAACACAGUGUGGAGCUGGAGGAACACAGCAGGCCAGGCAGCAUCAUUGUGCUGACCCAAAACAUUAGCUUUCCUGCUCCUCUGAUGUUGUCUGGCCUGCUGUGUUCCUCCAGCUCCAUGCUGUGUUAUACCCUGAUACAUUUAGAGGAUUGGACUAACCUAAGGCUCUGACAAAAACUUUCCACUUACAUUUCAGUACCAUAAUAGCAGAAAGCUAGUAUGAAAGAUAGUUCUGAAUAGAGUGAUAUCCUAGCAAUAGACUUGAUUUUAAAGAUUAAUUUUAAAUUGUUUGCAUGUGUUAUUCAUUUCUGUACAGCUUCCAGGAAUAUUCUAUCCUAUUUACAUUAAAAUGCUUCUGCAGUGAAGAAACAAGUUAUAUAAAAGCAAAGUAGUGUAGAUGCUUGAACUCAGAAAUAAAAACAAAGUGCUGGAGAAACUAAGUGUGUCUAGCAGCAUCUGUGGAGAGAAAAACAGACUUAACAUGACGACCCCCCCCACAGUGGUCAAAAACGCCCUCGACUGUAUCUCUCUCAUUUCCCGCAACCCAUACCUCACAUCCCCUCCCCGCAAUAACAUCAAAACAGAAUCCCCCUCAUUCUCACGUACCACCUCACCAACCUCCGGAUCCAACGCAUCAUCCUCUGACACUUCCGCCAUCUGAAAUCUGCUCCCACCACCAAAGACAAUUUUCCCUCCCCAUCCUUAUUCGCCUUCCAGAGGGACCACUCUCUCCGUGACUCCCUUGUCUGCUCCACACUCUGCUCCAGCCCCACCACACCUGGCACUUUUUCCUGCAACUGCAGGAAGUGCUACAUUUGCCCCCACACCUCACCCCAUCCCAGGCCUCAAGAAGACCUUCUACAUCAAAGAGAUGUUCACCUACACACCUGCUGAUGUGGUAUGCUGUACCUGCUGUUCCCGAUGUGGCCUCCUCUACAUCGGGGAAACCAAGCUGAGGCUUGGAGAACACUUUGUGGAACACUUAUGUUCGGUUUGCGACAAACGACUGCACCUCCCAGUCACAAAUCAUUUCAACUCCCCCUCCCACUCCUUGGACGACAUGUCCAUCAUGGGCCCCCUACUGUGCCACAACGAUGCCACCUGAAGGUUGCAGGAACAUAUUUUGCUUGGGAACCCUGCUGCCCAAUGGUAUCAAUGUGGAUUUCACAAGCUCAAAAUCUCCCCUCCCCCAUCGGCACCCCAAAACCAGCCCAGCUCGUCCCUGCCUCCCUAACCUGUCCGUCCUUCCUUCCACCUAUCCGCUCCUUCCUCUUCAAGCUCCACACCCACCUCCUACCUCCCAGCCUCAUCCCACCUCUUUGACCUGUCUGUCCUCUUUGGACUGACCUAUCCUCUCCCCAACUCCCCACCUACACUCACCUUUACUGGCUCCAUCCCCACCUCUUUGACCUGUCUGUCUCCUCUCCAUGUAUCUGCUCCUUUAUCCAUCUUCCAUCCGCCUCCCCCUCUCUCCCUAUUUAUUUCAGACUCCCCUUCCCUUCCCCCAUUUCUGAAGAAGGGUCCAGACCUGAAACAGCAGCCUUCCUGCUCCUCUGAUGCUGCUUGGCCUGCUGUGUUCAUCCAGCUCUACACCUUGUUAUACUAAAGGUCAUGAGUUGUCUUCAGCCUUCAUCAGGAAUUUUUACUUUCAUCUCUGAUCUUUUAACAAUUUCUAGUGAGGUCAGAGUCACAGCAGAGGUCAGUUACAAGGUCUAUUAAGACCUUCAAGGACCACAAAUACAUUUGACAAAUUAAAUAAUUUCCAGUUUAAGCUUCACAGUGUGUUACACAUUUGCAGCAUAGUUAUUGGCAUUGCAGGUUUUUACUACCUUUAACAGAAGCUGCAAAUGUAGUCUUUUUGCACAAGACAGAUUAUUACCGGAGAUUCACUGGAAUACAGAAAAAUCAUGGCAGAAUCACGCUAUAGUAAUUGUACUUUACCUGUGUAAACUAAAAGUGUUGCUGAGACAGUGACCGCAUAAGGACAAAUACAAUAUAGUUAGGAUCAUUGCUACUUCUAUUCAUUUUGGAUUUGUAGUUGUGAAUUUAUGUAAUCUCUAUAUAAGGCAGAUGGUCAUUCCGAAAACUCCUAUUGUGUCAACUUGAAAUGUAUUGAAAGUGGGCUAAAGCAUGAUAAACACAGGAUCUUUCUUGUGAUGUGCAAUCUCAUUAAUUUGCUUCAAAAACUCAAUUAAAAUGAAACCUGCAUGCAUAAUGCAUGUACACAAUCCCUUGGAUUUUAAAAGAGUUCACACCUCUUUUCAACUUCACAGGGUGAAAAUAAUAAAUAUUUUAAAAUGUCCCCAGACAGGUCUGAAGGAAAUGGAGUUAGGUUUACCCUGAGAUUACAUUUACCACAAUAACAAACUGAAAGAGAAACUGUAUAAUUCCAAUAUACUAUGUGUAGCAACUAGAAAGAGGGGGAAAUUAUAGCGCAAGAGAAAUGAGCCAUAAAUAUUGAAACAGAUAUUAAUAGUUUCCAGAAUUAUUCGAAAGGAAGAAUAACUAAAGUGAGCAUUCAUUCUCAAGAGAGUGGGGAAUUACUAGUGCAAGUCUGGGGAAUUAAUAAUGCAAAAUAAAUGAAAAAUGCACUGAACAGGUUCGCUGUAGAAGAGAGAAGUUAUGUUCUGCAAGGUGCAAGUUAAGAAGUGAAAGGAAGAGAGGAACGUAAAACAAUUUCAAUCACCAGUAAAAGGAUGUUUUUAGUUAUAAAUAAAAGCUGACAAGCGUAUGGGUCCUGAUGGACAUCAUCCUAGGGUCCUUGGAAGAAGUUGUUGCUGAUAUAGCAGAUGAAUUAGUUUAAUUUUCCAAAAUCCCCCAGAUUUGGCGAGUCCCAGAAAAUUGGGAUUUUGUGAAUGUAACUCCUUUAUAUGAGACAGAAAGCAGGAAACUACAAGCCCAAAAUCUGUCAAGGGGAAACUGCUGAAAUCUAAUAAAGGAGGCUAUUUCAAGCCACUUAGAAAAUUUUAAUGCAAUCAGGCAUAAAAGCGAAAUAGGAUUUGACUUAUUUGGUGUUCUUUCAGGAAAUCCAAGCAAACAUGGAUAAAUGGACCAUGUAGUUUGAUGUACUUGAAUUCACAAAAGAUAUUGGAUGAGAUACCAAGAUACCAAAUCAAAGGUUACCACACAAAUAAAAUGGUAUGGAAGUAAUAUAAUGGCACAGAUGGAGGAUUAGUUAGUUAACGGGAAACAGAAAAUAGGGGUACAUGCGUCCUUUUGGGGUUGGCAGGGUGAAUCAAAUAGAGUGACACAUGUAUCACUCAAUAUUCUUUGCCCUCCACCCUGAGACAGACCUUCCCUUAUGUUCUUUUUCCCACCUUUCCAUCCUUUCAUUUGCUCAAAGCUAAUUAAAUGUGUACUUCUGCUGUCCUGAAAUGCGAACUUUGUUUCUGUCUUCGGAGAUGAUGAAUAUUUCCAGCAUUUUCUGGUUUUCUGAUAGAUUUUCGUAACUAUUUUGUUCUUUUAUUGUAUAGAAAUUGAUCCUCACUGUUUCUGUUUCCCUGAUGGGAAGAAAGGGCAAAAGGGGCACCUCAGCAACCAACACAUGGCUUUGUAAAAGUUUUUGUCUCCCAUCUAAUGCAUUUUGCAUUUGUGAAUGAGAGUGUUAACUGCUGUCAAAGGACCCUCCAAUAGAAUGAGUUCAUUGAUGAAAAUUCCUCCCUUGUUUUAGCCUAUAAGUUGAUCUUAUUACACACCACAUCAUUCAUUUUGAUUUUGCAAAUGUUGACAUAAAUGUCUGAAAACAGUGCUGUACUGCAGCUUUAAUACUUUGGAUGUUCUUUAUGCAGAAAGUGAUCUGGACAACAAUACAUUCAGAUAUGUCAUGUCACUUAAAUGGCCUCACUACAGUAGAGAUAAUACACAUACAUAGUAACAUUUAAUAUCCAUGCCACUUAUGUAAGAGGCACUUAAACAUAUCAAUGUAAGUGACAAUGUUGAAGAAAAGCUGACCGUGGAACUGUUUCCACUGGCAGUUAAGUAAGGACGUGUGCUUUAAGGCAGAUAAUGGAAUUAAGUGGAGUGCUCCAAAAUAAUGUUGUCCUGCUGAAGAGAUGGUAAAGGGAAUUAGAAUGAUGCAGGUUGAAAAUGAAGAAGUUGCAUUCUCUUCAAAGCUUCUAUGUCUGGAAAUUAUGAGUGUCAUAUUCUAAAUUUUAAAAGAAUACCUUCUAAAGAAUGCAUUCAAAAAUAGGUUUGUAGUAGACAUAAAAUGCUUUAAAAUAUUUUGCAAACAUAUGUCCUUGCUUUUUGCUCAAAUGCAUGCCAAUGACAGAUUCACCAAGUUAUUGCAUUGUUUUGCUUCAAAAUGAAUGUUUUCAACAUGCUGCAUUUGUUAAAUUUUCUAUUAUUGUGUACAAAUUUAGUGGCUGUUUUGCAAAUCUAUUGUAAAGACUGCAUGAAAAUAUGUAUUGUGCAAGUGAACUGAAUGGCCAAUCUCGAAUUGUACAACAUUGUGUUUUUAACUUAACAAAAAUUGAGAUAUUGAGCUAUGGAAGUGAAAGCGUUAAUAAAGGCAACCUACUGCCCUCUUUUGUUUUGAUAUUCUACAGAUAUCUAAUAAAUAUAUUGA